CAAAGAAGAAAACUGGCGACCCCGUGGUGGACCGGUCACCUCGGCCUCUCCGGCCUAGACCCAACCGCCGGUUCUUCCUCCCCCCUUCUCAAACUCCCCACCACCACCUUCCCCCACGCCGAGGAAGAUACCGACAACGACCUCGACGCUGCCGAUGAGCCCAGAGAAGGCGCCGUCGACCUUGCCGGCCGCCGCCCUCGGGGCCGCCCUCAAGGCUCCAAAAAUAAACCAAAACCCCCAAUAAUCGUCACCCGCGACAGCCCCAACGCUCUCCGCAGCCACGUCAUGGAAGUCGCCAGCGGCGCUGACGUGGCAGAUUCCAUCGCCAACUUCGCACGCCGCCGCCAGCGGGGCGUCUCCGUGCUGAGCGGCGCCGGCGCCGUUGCUAACGUCAUUCUCCGUCAGCCUUCCGCUCCGAGCGCCGUCCUCGCGCUUAACGGACGGUUUGAGAUUCUCGCCCUCACCGGAACGUUUUUGCCUGGGCCGUCUCCGCCGGGGUCAACGGGUCUGACGGUUUACCUCGCCGGUGGGCAGGGGCAGGUGGUUGGAGGCAGUGUGGUGGGGUCGUUGGUGGCGGCGGGGCCGGUUAUGGUGGUGGCAGCGACGUUCUCGAACUCGACGUAUGAGAGGUUGCCCAUGGAGGACGAUGGCGGCAGGUCGGAGACGGGUUUAGGCGGCGGGAUCCCGGAUAGUUCUGAGAUGAUUACGGCGGCGACGGCACCGCCGGGAAUGUUUGGCGUGCCGACGAGUAUGGGGCCCGGCGCCGGGCAGUUGGAUAGCGGCUUUAACUGGGCGGCUCAUGGCCGGCCGCCGCCUUAUAGUUAAUUUGGAA